CUAACUAUCAAAGAGCUUAUAAACGCAGGAAGGAUUGGCACGCAGCUGCUGAGCCUAGUGGGAAACAGACCUCAGUAAGAGAAAUUCAGAGUCUAUCAUGGCAGGGAAGCCCAAGCUUCACUACUUUAAUGGACGUGGCAGAAUGGAGUCCAUCCGGUGGCUCCUGGCUUCAGCCGGAGUAGAGUUUGAAGAGAAAUUUAUAGAAACUCCAGAAGACUUGGAUAAGUUAAAGAAUGAUGGAAGUUUGAUGUUCCAGCAAGUGCCAAUGGUUGAAAUUGAUGGAAUGAAGAUGGUCCAGACCAGAGCCAUUCUCAACUACAUUGCCACCAAAUACAACCUCUAUGGGAAAGACAUAAAGGAGAGAGCUCUGAUAGAUAUGUACACAGAAGGUAUGGCAGAUUUGAAUGAAAUGAUCCUCGUUUUGCCUCUGUGUCCACCUGAUCAGAAAGAAGCCAAGAUUGCCCAGAUCAAAGAGAAAGUAACAGAUCGUUAUCUCCCCGUGUUUGAAAAAGUGUUAAAGAGCCACGGACAAGACUACCUUGUUGGCAACAGGCUGAGCAGGGCUGACAUUCACCUGGUUGAACUUCUGUACUAUGUGGAAGAGCUUGACCCCAGCCUUAUGGCCAACUUCCCUCUGCUGAAGGCCCUGAAGACCAGAAUCAGCAAUCUCCCUCCCGUGAAGAAGUUUCUGCAGCCUGGCAGCCAGAGGAAGCCUCCUAUCAGUGAGGAAGAUUUAGAAAAAGCAAGGAAGAUUUUCAGGAUUAAAUGAAGCAGGCAUGGAUGGCCAGCACUUGCAUCUGGGGCUUCCAACAACGACGUGCGUUACCUGAUGUAAGAUGCUGAUGAUUGUGAGGCUAGUAAAGUUUUCAAAAGUAUAUAAUUUCAUCUACAUGAAGAUUUGCAAAGCAAUUUAUUUUGU